CGGCCAAGGAGCCCAUCCCCGCAAGUUCCCCGCAAGUUCCCCGCAGAAAGCAGAGGGGGAAGGGAAGAAAAAAAUGGCUGUGUCGGUGAGCUUGUUGUUCGAUUCUUGGGGUUGCUUAGAGCCGAACCAAACAAACAGCUUUUUAGCACUGACUCGAGGCCUGGUCUCUUGGGAAAUUACGACAUGGCGGGCCGGCUCGUGGUCAUUACAUACAUAUAAGCCCGCCCAUGGUUGCUGUGACCUGGGCCGAUGAUGAGCCUCUGCUUCAUGGACGCACCACCCUUCAUCACUCCAUCCGCCGCCGUCAUCCCUCUCCCCCCUGUAGAAGUAGGAUAAUUUCGUGCCUGUUCAACCUACACGGAACAUUCCCCUCUUUUCCCCACGGCACACACGCACACGACGACGACAAGGACGAGAUGAAGGCACCCACGGUCCUCGCGGCGCUGCUCCAGCUCGCGGCCGCGCCCUUGGUGGCGGCGCAGCAGCAGCAGCCGGUGCCGCAGCCCCUCACGCCCGAGUGGAUCCGCACCAGCGCGGGCAACAGCAGCCUCUUUGACCGGUGGCGGCCGCGCUCACACUUUGCGUCGCCGCACAGCUGGAUGAACGACCCCUGCGGCGCCGUCUACGAACCGGCCACGGACCUGUACCACCUGCACUACCAGUUCCACCCCAACCACGUCGGCUGGGGCAACGUCUCGUGGGGCCACGCCGUCUCCAGGGACAUGUUCCACUGGACCGACGUGGGUGGUUGGGUCGACGACGCGGCCGUCUCGCUCGCCGCGGGCGGCCACCCGUCGAGCGAGCUGUCGCAGUUCACGGGCACGGCGCAGCCCGUAAACAUAAGGGGCGAGCGCGACGGCACCCUGCUCGCCUUCGCGACGGGCAUCCACCAUCUCCCCACCAGCUGGAAGAUACCCUACACCAAGGGCACCGAGGUCCAGGCCAUGUACACGUCGCGCGACGGCGGCGCCACGUGGGCCGAGGUCGGCACCGUGCUGGCCUCGCCGCCCGAGGGGUGGAACGUCACGGGCUGGCGCGACCCGUCCUUCUUCCCCAACGCCGACCUCGACGCGGUGUUGGGGCGGUCCGAGCCCCACUACUACAUGGUGAUGGGCUCCGGGCUCAAGUCGGGCGACGUGCCGCGCGAGCUGCCCGAGUCGGCCCGCCCGGGCUUCAUCGGCCCCCGCAUACCGCUGUACUCGGCCCCGGCCUCCAACCUGACCGACUGGACCUUCCUGGGCGCGCUGUGGGAGCCCGCGGCAAACUCGAGCCUGGGCGCGCCCGACAUCACGGGCUCGUACGGCUACAACUUUGAGGUCAGCGGCUUUUUCGAUCUGCCCGCGGGCAGCAGCGGCGGCAAGCCCUCCUGGUUCGUCACCAUGGGCUCCGAGGGCGGGCAGACGACGCGCCACGUGCGCGAGCAGUGGGCGCUCUGGACCCGCGGCAGCCUCGCGGCGCGCGCCAACGGCUCGGCCGAGCUGACGCCCACGUCGGGCGGCGCCCUCGACUGGGGGCUGGCGUACGCGCAGGCGUCGUUUGUCGACGCCCGCCAGGGCAACGGCAACCGCCGCGUCAUGUGGGGGUGGGCCAACGAGGACUUCGACUUCGCGUGGGGCUUUUACAUCGCCAAGGCCCUGGGCUACGCGGGCGCCAUCACGCUGCCCACGGAGCUGUUCCUCAAGGAGACGCGCGGGCUGGCGCGGCCCCAGGGCGCGGUCGCGGUCGCGCUGGACGGCAACGAGUGGGUCGCCGAGGACGGCGGCGCCUUCACGGCGCAGACGCUCGGCAUCCGCCCGCUGCCCGACGUGCUGGAGAAGCUGCGCGCGGGCGCCAAGGAGGAGGCGUUCGACGUCGGGGUCGUCGCCGCGGGCGCGCCGGCCCGCAGGGUGGCGGCCGACCUGGGCGACUCGUGGGUGCUGUCGGCGACCCUUGGCGGCGACGCCAAGGCGGGCAUGGUGAUUGCGCAAAGCCCUGACGACAGCGAGUUUACCACCAUCACCUUUGACCCGGCGCGGUCGACCAUCACCGUCGGGCGCGGCAACAGCAGCGCCUCGCUGCCGGGCGUCUUCCAGACCUACGACCACGAGGGCCACUUUGAGCCAUACCGAAACACUGCGGGUGCGGUCGAGGACGUGAAGUUCACCGUGGUGUUCGACCGGUCGCUGCUCGAGGUCUUCGUCAACGACCGCUUCGCCCUCACGAGCCGCGUGUACCCGGGCCGCGCCGACAGCACGGGGCUGAGCUUCUUCGCGGGCGCGCUGCGGCUGGGCAACGGCACCCACGGCGCGAAGUGCAAGGCCGGCGCGUCCUGGACCGACGUCAAGGUCUGGAAGGGCCUGGCGGAGGCCUGGCCCGAGCGGCCGAGGGACACCAGCGUCGCCCUGGCCUGGGACUCGCCCGAGCAGACCGGCAACUACACGUGGUGGGUGGGCUGGUGAGGCGGGUAGGACGUGCUAAGACUAGUGCAGAUAUAGAGAUAUACAUGGCUGGCAGACUUUGUGCCGUUGCCAAAUGUGUUUGAAUGAUGAUGAUUUAUUUUAUGGUCACUUGGAAAAAACACUUGUCUUUGUCAG